AUGACAGUGGGUGCGCCGAUGCUAUCUCCGCGGCCUCUUCGACGAGUGCCACGUCUUCCGCCGAUUCCCGAGCCGGUGGAAAAGGCCGAGCUGGGAGGUGUCGCUACUAUGCGGAGGUUGUCGAGGCUGGCCUUCGCCAAUGCAUCGAUGGAGGACACUGUCCACGCGCUACCGGUGAAAGCCACGGCAGAGGGAGACGCCGGGCACGAGGAGGCCAUCGCCUUGCGCGCCUUCGCUAGCAGCGAAGGGUCGCUCAGCAAGCUCAACUUUCUGGGGGGUAUUGGUGGUGCCGAUGAGACCAGUGAUGCCUUAGUGGACGACAAUGAUACAGCGCUGAUGAUUAGAAUGGUCACGAGAAAGGGUAAGUCGGUGCACGGUGCUUACCCUUCACACAUCAACCACGCCGUACACCUUCUUCAGUACACGCUUCAAAGCCAGGCUUGUGGAUCCGCGACGCGUACGUCAGAUGACCAUGGUGCAGGCCUGCACCGAAAGCCCGUGGCUAGGCAGGAUAUCAAGCCCGAGACUAAGGUGCACAGGACCAACACCGGUGCCCACACCAUCGCCGACAGUCUCUGGUGA